GUCCAGUGGUCCGCCAUGUUCAGCUGGCUGAAACGGGGCGGGGCCCGCGGCCAGCAGCCCGAGGCGAUCCGCACGGUGACCUCGGCCCUCAAGGAGUUGUACAGGACCAAGCUGCUGCCCCUGGAGGAGCAGUACCGCUUCGGGGCUUUCCACUCACCCGCCCUCGAGGAUGCCGACUUCGACGGCAAGCCCAUGGUGCUGGUGGCCGGCCAGUACAGCACGGGCAAAACCAGCUUCAUCCAGUACCUGCUGGAGCAAGAGGUGCCUGGCUCCCGAGUGGGGCCCGAACCCACCACCGAUUGCUUCGUGGCUGUGAUGCACGGGGAGACGGAGGGCACCGUGCCCGGCAACGCCCUGGUGGUAGACCCGGACAAGCCCUUCCGGAAGCUCAACCCCUUUGGGAACACCUUCCUCAACAGGUUCAUGUGCGCCCAGCUCCCCAACCAGGUCCUGGAGAGCAUAAGUAUCAUCGACACCCCCGGCAUUCUGUCAGGCGCCAAACAGAGAGUGAGCCGCGGCUACGACUUCCCGGCGGUGCUUCGCUGGUUCGCUGAGCGCGUGGACCUCAUCGUCCUGCUGUUCGACGCGCACAAGCUGGAGAUCUCGGAUGAGUUCUCCGAGGCCAUCGGCGCCCUGCGGGGCCACGAGGACAAGAUCCGCGUGGUGCUCAACAAGGCCGACAUGGUGGAGACGCAGCAGCUCAUGCGCGUCUACGGCGCGCUCAUGUGGGCCCUGGGCAAGGUGGUGGGCACGCCCGAGGUGCUGCGCGUCUACAUCGGCUCCUUCUGGUCCCAGCCGCUCCUGGUGCCCGACAACCGGCGGCUCUUCGAGCUGGAGGAGCAGGAUCUCUUCCGGGACAUCCAGGGCCUACCUCGCCACGCAGCGCUGCGCAAGCUCAACGACCUGGUGAAGCGGGCCCGGCUGGUGCGGGUUCAUGCCUACAUCAUCAGCUACCUGAAGAAAGAGAUGCCCUCCGUGUUUGGGAAGGAGAACAAGAAGAAGCAGCUGAUCCUCAAGCUGCCCGUCAUCUUUGCCAAGAUUCAGCUGGAGCAUCAUAUCUCCCCUGGAGACUUUCCUGACUGCCAGAAAAUGCAGGAGCUCCUGAUGGCCCAUGACUUCACCAAGUUCCACUCGCUGAAGCCGAAGCUGCUGGAGGCCCUGGACGAGAUGCUGACGAAGGACAUCGCCAAGCUGAUGCCGCUGCUGCGGCAGGAGGAGCUGGAGAGUGUGGAGGCCGGUGUGCAGGGCGGCGCGUUCGAGGGCACCCACAUGGGGCCCUUCGUGGAGCGGGGGCCGGAUGAGGCGCUGGAGGCCGGCGAGGAAGGCUCAGAUGAUGAGGCCGAGUGGGUGGUGACCAAGGACAAGUCCAAGUACGACGAGAUCUUCUACAACCUGGCCCCGGCCGACGGCAAGCUGAGUGGCUCCAAAGCCAAGACCUGGAUGGUGGGCACCAAGCUGCCCAACUCGGUGCUGGGGCGCAUCUGGAAGCUGAGCGACGUGGACCGCGACGGCAUGCUGGAUGACGAGGAGUUUGCUCUGGCCAGCCACCUCAUCGAGGCCAAGCUCGAGGGCCACGGGCUGCCCGCCAACCUGCCCCGCCGCCUUGUGCCGCCAUCCAAGAGGCGCCACAAGGGCUCGGCGGAGUGAGCCGGCCCCCCUAGGGCCUGUGGGCACCCCACCCGCCCUGUGGGGUGCCCCGGGCCCAGCCGGCCACCUGCUAACCCCUACCUUGGCCCACACGCGCUCUGCCUGCCUGCAAUGCCCAGCUGUCAGGACUUGGGGGGGGGGGGAAGGGCUCCUCCUUGCUCCUUGAAACUCUACUGAAAGCAUUUUGUGGGGACCAGAUGUCCCUCUGCACCCUCUGGGGCCCCCUACUAAGGGACAUAGCACCGACUCACCUGGUGACCCCCACACGGACCCCGUGUCGCUCCUCAUAAGCGAGCUGCCUAUGGUUGAAAUGACCCUCAACCCCCAUUUCUGUCUUUUCUCCUCCAUCAUUACACCCUCAGGUGUGAGGGGUAAGGCGGGGGACGACAGUCCCUCCUCAGUCCCCCCCAUCCAUUCUCUCCCCACCUUGUUUUUGGGGGGAGAGGAGGCAGAGCUGGGGACCCCGCCCUCCACGCACCCGGCUCCCAUGGCACUAGAGGUCACCCCCACCCCACAAGCCCACGUGGGUUAUUUCUGCCCCCUUCCUUCCUCAGCUUCCCCGGUUCUAGACCCGGCACCAGCCACCUCCCCCCCACCCCCCACAUCGCAACAUGUUCCCACGGUGGCCCCCUCUGGACAUGACAGCUCCGAGCUUCACUGCAGCCCGGAUUUUCAGGGAUGUCAUGGGAAAGGGGGAUGGGUUCUUGGUGCUACAGCCCCUCCCUCCCUAAGGGGACCCCCACACACGCCUCUCUGUGCCUUCACUACCUACUAAGUGUGCUUGACCCAGGUUGGGGGCCCAGUGAACAAGAUGGGCAACAGCAACAAAAACCCAGCUGCCUCCUCCAGGGUGCCCACCAGAGUUUCUGGUCCACUGUCCACUCCUACCCAUGUCUGGGGACCUGGAGACCCAAGCCUGUGACCCCCACACAUCGCAAAUAAAGCCGAGGCUUUCUUCUCC